AUGGUACAGAAGUUCCACAGGACCUUCAAAGCAGCCCUGCACUGCUGCCCGCAGUCUUGGCUAGACUCCCUUCCAACUGUGCUCCUGGGACAUCGCACAGCCUACAAAGAGGACCUGCAAGCAUCUCCAGCGGAAAUGCUCCUCGGAUUCUCACCCAGAAUUUCAGGGGAGUUCUUCACCACCGAGUCAGUCCAGGCCAACCAAUCCACGUUCACGCGCAGCUUGCGACAACUUCUUAAAACCAUCAGACCACCACUGGAACCACCUUAUACCGGCCCACAUCGCGUUUUUCGCCGUCUCAAUGAGCACAACUACGUCCUCGACAUUAAUGGCAAAGAAGAGGUGGUGUCCACGGACACGCUCAAACUGGCAUACAUGGAGCAAGCUGACUCCAUCCUCGAGCAGCCCACAGCGCCAAGCACAGCUGCUCAGCCGCCAUCGCAACCUCUGCCAUCUGCACCCAACACCGCUGCUCAGCCGGAAGUUCCCAGCACUGCUGAUCAGCUCUCGCCGCAACCCACGUCUACCCCAACUGCCCAAGCCACCCAGUCUUCAGCAACUCGCCAUGUUUCAUUCCCGGCUCUUACGCCGGUCACUGGGGAGAGAGUAGAUGUGGCGUCUCAGCCCCAGCAACCAGCUUCGUGCUCCAGACGAAAGAAGACCAUCGUCCCAAGGAACAUCUUUUCCUGCGCACACACCAGCAAACUCCCACAUACACUGCCAGUGCGCUACAUCUGA